CCAAGAGCGUCCUUAUCACGGAGGAGCCUUCUUGGCCCGUGGCGGGGGAGGGGGCGGAGCGAACCGUAAGCGUCCAGUUACCCUCCAGGCGGGAGCGCCCCUUCGACUGUCUAACCCCAAUCGGUAGGACCCUUUGCAGUGUCACCCCUGGGACCCGGUUUGCUGGGGUCUUCCGGGAAAUGAGUCCAGGUGGGCGCUUCAGGCGCUGUCAAUCUCUGCAAGUGGGCCCUGUGGAUAGCGUUGUUACGGCUGCCCGAACCGGAGGCCCGCGGAGGCUGCGCAGCGCAAGGCGGGCACUGCCAGGCCUCCUUCGCGCUUCUUUCCUUCCCGCGCCACCCCACUUCUCCUCCACCGGAGAAACCGAGGCGUGAGGCUGCCCACUGCUUUUUCUCUGGAGGCGUGGAGGGGGUGUCCAGCAUGGUUGUUAGAGCGGCGGGGGCUGCAGGGUGUCUGGUGAGGCUGAGAACACCCUGGAAGGAAAGAUCUUUCCCUCGGGUUUUCGGCUGCAGUGUUGAUGCCUUCCUAGAGGGCCACAUUCUUGUGUGGCCGUGUGAUGGCACGCUUAGUUAGACUCUAAAACUUACUGUUUCCUGGAUAGGCCUCUUGUGCGCCAGAACUACUGGCUGUAUUUUGCAGGCAUUACUAUGCAUAGACAGUGGAGUUACCAAAAUUGUUGUAUUGUGCCAGGCCUUCAAAUGCAAUGCGAUAGUUUGGUCAGUUCCGUUCACCGAUGCUUGUUUAGACUUGUCCCUAGAAUUUGUUUGGUGUGUGUUUGUGUGUGUGUGUGUGUGUGACCAUUCUUGGUUAGUAGUGAGGUUUGGGUUUGAGGGUAUGGUUGAGCAGAUUAGCACUCUAAAAGGACCAGAAUUUAAGCUGGAUUGUUGCAUACCACCAUAUAACAAGCAGUAGUUUGAUUUAAGGACCACAGUACAACUAUGGAUAGUGAGCCAAAUCCUGGAACAUCUUCUGUGUCAACAACAACCAGUAGCACUACCACCACCACCAUCACCACUUCCUCAUCUCGAAUGCAGCAACCACAGCUCUCUGUCUACAGUGGCUCAGAUCGACAUGCUGUACAGGUAAUUCAACAGGCAUUGCAUCGCCCCCCCAGCUCAGCUGCUCAGUACCUUCAGCAGAUGUAUGCAGCCCAGCAGCAGCACUUAAUGCUGCAUACUGCAGCUCUUCAGCAGCAGCAUUUGAGCAGCUCCCAGCUUCAAAGCCUUGCAGCUGUUCAGGCAAGUUUGUCCAGUGGAAGACCACCUACAUCUCCAACAGGAAGUGUCACACAACAGUCAAGUAUGUCUCAGACAUCUAUCAACCUCUCCACUUCUCCUACACCUGCACAGUUAAUAAGCCGUUCCCAGGCUUCCAGUUCUACCAGUGGCAGUAUUACCCAACAGACUAUGUUACUAGGGAGUACCUCUCCUACCCUAACGGCAAGUCAAGCUCAAAUGUAUCUCCGAGCCCAAAUGCUGAUUUUCACUCCCGCUACCACUGUGGCUGCUGUACCGUCUGACAUUCCUGUUGUCUCGUCGUCACCGUCAUCUUCCUGUCAGUCUGCAGCUACUCAGGUUCAAAAUUUAACCUUACGCAGCCAGAAGUUGGGUGUAUUAUCUAGCUCACAGAAUGGUCCGCCAAAAAGCUCUGGUCAAACUCAAUCAUUGACAAUUUGUCACAACAAAACAACAGUGACCAGUUCUAAAAUCAGCCAACGAGAUCCUUCUCCAGAAAAUAAUAAGAAAGGAGAAAACCCAAGUCUGGAAUCACGAAGCACAGCUGUCACCCGGACAUCAAGUAUUCACCAAUUAAUAGCACCAGCUUCAUAUUCUCCAAUUCAGCCUCAUUCUCUAAUAAAACAUCAGCAGAUUCCUCUUCAUUCACCACCUCCCAAGGUUUCCCAUCAUCAGCUAAUACUACAACAGCAACAGCAAAUUCAGCCAAUUACACUUCAAAAUCCAACUCAAGAGCCACCCCCAUCCCAGCACUGUAUUCCACUCCAAAACCAUGGCCUUCCCCCAGCUCCCAGUAAUAAUGCCCAGCCACAACAUUGUUCACCAAUUCAGAGUCAUCCCCCUCCUUUAACAAUGUCUCCUAGCCAGUCACAGUCAGCACAGCAGUCGGUAGUGGUCUCUCCUCCACCACCUCAUUCACCAAGUCAGUCUCCUACUAUAAUUAUUCAUCCUCAAGCGCUUAUUCAGCCACAUCCUCUUGUGUCAUCAGCACUCCAGCCAGGGCCAAACUUGCAGCAGUCCACUGCUAAUCAAUUGCAACCUCCAGCACAGCUGAAUCUUCCAUCCCAUCUUCCACUUCCCACUUCUCCUGUCUUACACAUUGGCCCAGUUCAGCAGUCUGCUUUGGUGUCCCCAGGUCAGCAGAUUGUAUCUCCGACAUCACACCAGCAAUAUUCAACCCUUCAGUCUUCUCCAAUCCCAAUUGCAACCCCUCCACAGAUGUCGACAUCUCCUCCAGCUCAGAUUCCACCAAUACCCUUGCAGUCUAUGCAGUCUUUACAAGUGCAGCCUGAAAUUCUAUCCCAGGGCCAGGUUUUGGUGCAGAAUGCUUUGGUGUCAGAAGAGGAGCUUCCAGCUGCAGAAGCUUUGGUCCAGUUGCCAUUUCAGACUCUUCCUCCUCCUCAGACUGUUGCAGUAAACCUACAAGUACAACCACCAGCACCUGUUGAUCCACCAGUGGGAAUGCAUUUGAACCAGUGUCAUCUACACAAAGUUUUUUCUCUUAAGGUUUAUCAAGUAGAAGAUGUAUGUGAAGAAGACAUGCCAGAAGAGUCAGAUGGAUGUGUCCGGAUGGAUAGAACCCCACCACCACCUACUUUGUCUCCAGCAGCUAUCACUGUAGGGAGAGGAGAAGAUUUGACUUCUGAACAUCCUUUGUUAGAGCAAGUGGAUUUACCUGCUGUGGCUUCAGUCAGUGCUUCAGUAAUUAAAUCUCCAUCAGAUCCUUCACAUAUUUCUAUCCCUCCGCCUCCACUUUUACUUCCAGCUGCUACCACAAGGAGUAAUAGUACAUCUGUGCCCAGUAGUAUUCCCAGUAUAGAAAACAAACCUCCACAGGCUAUUGUUAAACCACAGAUCUUGACCCAUGUUAUUGAAGGCUUUGUGAUUCAGGAGGGAUUGGAGCCAUUUCCUGUGAGUCGUUCAUCUUUGCUAAUAGAACAGCCUGUGAAAAAAAGGCCUCUUUUGGAUAAUCACACAGUAAAUUCUGUGUGUGUUCAGCGAGAGCUACAGAAUAAUACAAAGCAUGCAGAUAAUUCAUCUGACACAGAGAUGGAAGACAUGAUUGCUGAAGAGACAUUGGAAGAAAUGGACAGUGAGUUGCUCAAGUGUGAAUUCUGUGGAAAGAUGGGAUAUGCUAAUGAAUUUCUACGGUCAAAACGAUUCUGUACUAUGUCAUGUGCCAAACGGUACAAUGUUAGCUGUUCUAAAAAAUUUGCACUUAGUCGUUGGAACCGUAAGCCUGAUAAUCAGAGUCUUGGGCAUCGUGGUCGUCGUCCAAGUGGCCCUGAUGGGGCAGCAAGAGAACAUAUCCUUAGGCAGCUUCCAAUUACUUAUCCAUCUGCAGAAGAAGACUUGGCUUCUCGUGAAGAUUCCAUGCCAUCUGCUAUGACAACUCGUCUGCGCAGGCAGAGUGAGCGAGAAAGAGAACGUGAGCUUCGGGACGUGAGAAUUAGGAAAAUGCCUGAGAAUAGUGAUUUGCUCCCAGUUGCACAAACAGAACCAUCAAUAUGGACAGUGGACGAUGUCUGGGCCUUUAUCCAUUCUUUGCCUGGCUGCCAGGAUAUUGCAGAUGAGUUCAGAGCACAGGAGAUUGAUGGACAAGCCCUUCUCUUGCUAAAAGAAGACCAUCUCAUGAGUGCAAUGAACAUCAAGCUAGGUCCAGCCCUAAAGAUCUGUGCACGCAUCAACUCUUUGAAGGAAUCGUAACAGGAACAUGAGGCUUUGUGAUAACAGCAAUUUUAUUGUUCUCAAACAGACUUGUAAGGUAAAAGCCCAAGUCUACCUAAAAUAUUACACUUAUAAUGGUGGAUAGCCAAGCACAUUGAAAUCUCUGCAUCAAAUCUUCUACAGAUAUAAUAAUUCAUCAUACAUUUUCAUAAUUUGCCAACACUGGUGAAAUUAAUUUUAAAGGUUACAUGCAACACUGAAAGACUUGUUAUAGAAGGUCAUAUUUUUCAAACAAAACUGUUGUACUAGAUAAUUUUUUAAAGGCAAUGUUUAUCAUAAAUAUAGAGUCCUUUUAAAGGUAAUUUAAUUAUUUACAUUUCUCCUCUAUUGAUUCAGUUUUCUUACACAUUUUUGUACCCUAUUUACUUAGUUUUUUAAAGGUUGUCAUAAGAGAUAGGUUAUGGAAUAAUUUAGGAGUCCAGUGACUAGAAUUGUAUGCAGUAUGAGUGUACAUUUUAAAAAACAUGUCCUUUAGACAGAUGUUUUUGUCUGUAAAAAAGGAUUGUAUUCUAGCAUGAACAAUACUGAUCUCGAAGUCAGAAGAAUUAGUUUCUAUUCAAAACCUGACCAAGAGUUUGAUUUGGCAGGAAAAGCGAGGUUUUGCUGUUUUUGUACAUGUAGAGCAGUGAUUCUCAAUGGGUGAGUGGGUGGGUGAGAUUUUCUCCCUCGGAGACACUUGGCAAUGUCUAAAUAAAGACUGGUUGUUGCAGCUGGGGGUGGGGAGUUGCUGUGGGCAUCUAGUGGGUAGAGGGCAGGGAUAUUGCUAAAUAUCCCACAGUGCAAAGGACCACCCUUUACAACAGAGACUUAUCUGGCUAAAACAUCAACCAAUACCAAGAAUUGAGAAACCAUAAUGUAGGAGGAGUGACAAAUACUGCUUUCUCCACCCAAAGGGACAUUUUGAAAAGAUAGUACAUAAUAAGGAGUACAUAUAUAAUGGAAUAAUUAUUCAGAGAACAGUAAUGUUUUGCUAAAGUAUUUUAUCCAGAUUCAUACCUAUCAGAAAAAGAGAAAAAAAAAUCUCUAUUAAAUUGGCCUAGAAAAAUAAGGACUAGCAUACAAAUAUUUUGACUCUCAAAAAGUACUGAUUAUAUUAUCUUUCAUAUCUGUCCUCCUCUGCACUGAUGAAAGCAUAAAUAAUGAUUAUACCUUAUGAACCAGUGCACAGUCUUUGCUGGCAAGAAAUAGUUUGUAGAUGAUAUAUGCUCUUUGAAUGUUUUCAAAUGUUGAACAUGCUGGGUCUAGCUAGAAUGUCAUUCCUUUUUUUUUUUUUUUUUUUUUACUAAACCCUUGCAUGUUUCCUACAAAGCACUUACCAACUGAUAUGUCUUGGAUGACUGGAUGUAAUUUUGUAUAUGCAGCUUUUAGGGGAAAAACAUUUAAAGCAAAACCUUUGACUGAAAAAAAUUAGUGUCCUAUGGAAUUAGGACACUGAAAUAAAAUCAUUCAUGGGAGCCCUGCGAGCAUUGUAGUCUAGUUGUCAAAAAUUUUAUUCAAGAUUAUGCAGGUUUUGUUUUAAUUUUUCUUGUCUUAUCUUGACCACAUGACUGAGAUAUUUUAAUCAUUGAAGGAACAUACUCAGAUAUUUGACAGAAGGUUAAUAAGUGAGGGGAAAAAAGUCCAUGAGUUUCAGUCAUUUUCACUGCUCUUUUCCAAAAGAUUGUGUUGAGCUAGUAGAAGACUAAAGAAGUCACUAAAGAUGUCAGGUAUUUAUCUUUUGGCUUUGUGUACAUUAGAGAAUGUUGAUUAUUUUUAUACAAAAUACAGCGGGUAAUUUUUUUAAUCUUUUAGAUGCCUCUUGUUUGAAUGUAUGCUUUGUGAGAUUCUUUUGUGUAGUAAUGUUUUUAAAAAAGAGGUUUAUUGAUAGUUACGUGUAGGAUUAGAAAUGCGCAAUUUAGUGUAAGGCUCAUGUUCCAGACCUACAAUAGCUUGUAGUCUAUGUUACAUAUUUCUUUAUAUCACAUUUUAAAUUAUUGGAUUAAAGUUUCAAGGAAAGGUAGGUACUUUAUAGUCAGUUUUCAUUUAUUAGCAGUUAAUCAUUGUGACAGAGUUGUCAUUUUCCCCUCAUCAUCUUGUUAAUCUCAGAACAGAAUUAUAGGCUGAGCAUUAGUUGGAGAUGGCCCACUGGAAGGGGAGUAGGGUGCAGAGAAAAAUUUCCUUGAAAAUUAAAACUUUAUCAUAGGUAAUCCACAAUUAGUUCAAAAUUGGUUAUUUGUGGAUAGACUCCCUCAGCAAUAAUUCUUUCCUUUAACUAUAGUAUCUAUAGCUUUUAAGGUAUUAACUUUGAACUGUGUUGUAGGUUCUCCUUUUACUUACUCCCUCUUCUAAUAUCAGUCUUUAUACUUACUGAAAGCCCCUGUGCCUAGGCUAGCACAUAAUCUUAAGGAUAGUCCAGAUUUUCUGUUGUUCCCAUUUCAAACAUACCCAGAAAAUACACUGAGUUGUGGUUUGUUUGUUUUUGUCUCAUUUGCAUUCUUAAACUGGAAGGUCUUGCCAUUGAUGCAGCUGUUUCUUUCUGAAUGAUUUAACCAUCCUAAUUUCAAAGCUUCAAUUAUAUAUAAUGGAUAUGUAGAUUAAGAUAACACUUGUGUGUCCACCUCUCUCCUGAGCUGUAAGUAGUUUCAGCAAUUUAAUAUGUGAUAUAUGUGGGGAGAGUGCAAUUAUUUUCAUUUUCUUUCACACUACUAAUUGUUUUCAGAUUCUGACUAUGGAGAAGUAAUGACAAGCAUAAUCUUCCUAUUUUUGCUACCCAAGUUUGCAUUUUCUAUCUUCUUUUAAGUAAUGCACUCUUUUUGUAUUGGGGGAAAACACACAAAUUUGAAAUUUUAUUUGCUUUCCGUGUUGUGUUCCUAAGAAAGUAAACAAAGAGAGCUGGUUUGUAGAAAUUUUUAUUUUUUACACGACAUCAGUUUUCAUCAAGCCUUGUGUACUUUAAUGAGUAUAGCAUGAGAUAGAGUGCUACCCCAAUAGUGGCUUUUCUAACGGCAUAUAACUAACUAUUUCUUAAUUUGCCCUGGCAUCCUCUAAACAGAACUUCUUUCCCCUUAGUUCCAGUUUAAGGGCUGUCACCCAGGGGUAACGAGGGUGGAAUGAGAGGAAAGAAAUGUUAGUGAAGAAGCUCAAGAAUGGGAAACCAGAGGCAGACAAUCUAUAACAACCUUGUAGAUUGUUUUAAUAAGGAAGUAUUUCAUUUGUUAGGCUGUAUCUCUGAGAAUUUCUUAACCAAGAGCUACAGGUUUCUCUUAACUGGUUUGGAUUUCAGUUACUCUAAGCCUACCUCUUUUUCUUUUUGCUACACAGCAGUAAUAAUGAUCACGAGGUGAACUUUUUAACCCGAAUUCAUCAAUACUAGUGUUUCGUAAAUAUCUUUAGAGUAUUUGAUUUCAUCUUAAAGAUUGUGAUUCAGUUUAGAUAAGCACAAAUACAGUAUUAAGAAAGUAAAUACGCAAUCUUACUAAAAUUUAAUUUCAACCUGUUAAAGCUGUACAUGUUUUAGAAAUUUCUUUGGAAAGAUGUUUAUCUCUUAUUAGAGGUUAUAAAAUGUAUUGGUGUGCAGUUUCCUUAAGAGGAGCAAUACAAGCCAUUUCUUCAGUUAAAAAAGUGUUUAAAAUUAUAUAUUCUCCUUUGGAAAAAAGAGUUCCCCAACCUUCUAAGAAUUUUCAGUUUUACAUAUUAUUUAUAAGAACUUAUUUAAUCUGUUUUACAAUUAGACUUUUAGCUUUUGGGGGGAAAUUUGUACCUCACUAAUUCAAGUAUAAUCGUCAUAUUCCAGAGAAAACCAUUUGGCUUUUUCUGAACUUUGACUUUUUUAGUAAAAACACAUUAAAACAGAGUCUCUUCCUUGCUUUUUAAAUCUAAAGCUCAGCUUCUCUAAUGAAAACUCUUCUAUCCUACUCUGUACUUUUGGGCCUGGAUUUAAAUGCAUAUACGCUCAAGUUUCAUGUUUUUGGCAACUUUUUGGAUUUUUUUUUUUUUUUUGAUAAAUUUGUUUUGCUCCCUUCUUAAAGCUUUGGAACAUUUUAUAGGAACUAGAGGUAAUUUUAAUUUCAGAUGAUUGGAGAAGAGGUACAAAACGAGGUUCUAGCUAAAGCUUUACACUGUAGAAAUAUAUUUCAUCUACUGUCUCUUCAAAGUACAGCUGUUGUGCUCAAUGACUUUGAUGGUGUUCAAUAUGAAUCCAUAGAAAGAAAUCUGUGCAAGGAUUUUUAAAUGUGUUUAACGAAUGAAUUUUAAUUUGGAAAAAAAGCAAUAUAUAAAUUCAAAACUGUUAUACUAACAUGGAUCAUUUUAAAUAUAAGAGCAGUCUAGUAAGUCCUUUUAGACUACCUAUUUAAACUGACUCCAGUAAUCUUAAAAAUUGAUAGCCAUCAUUUACUGGCUUAGAAGUUAUACUCGACAGAACAUUUUCAGUGUUAAAUCUGUGUUUUGUGAGGCUUUAACAGGUGAAAAAGCUAGUGUCUAUAAUAGAUCAGUGGGGUUUAUUUUCGUCUGUGAAAUAAACAUCAAUCCAUUUUAGAAAGGUGUUAAAAAGAAGUCUUGCCUCAAGUAAACCAGAAGUAUCCAGUGUUGAAAAUGUUUGCUUAGAAUGCUUUUCUUAAAAAUAAUUCUCUUUUGCUUUAUUUUAGUACUAAAUAAUGAGUAAAUAAUCUAGUUCAAUAGUAAAUAAUAGAUGAGCAUAAUAAUCAUUGAAUUAACAUGAAGGGUGAAGAUAAAAUACUGGCCUGGAGCUUGGAGUUUUACUUCCAGUUGGUUAAUUAGCUCUGUGUGACACUUUGGGUGGUUACUUAGCUUUUUGCCUGAAUUUCCUCUUCUAAAUAUACAGUAUGGGGCCUACACUGCUCAGAAUUUGGGUUAAAUCAUCUUUAAGUUACCUUACAGCUCAUGAUUCUAGGCCAGCAUAGUGGGGUAGUUUGAAGGUUGCUUCUACUUAGUUCUCUUUCCCUUUUUAAUGGUUCAUUUUAUACUUAAGAGAGCUUUUACUAAAAGAUGGUUAUUUAUUAAGGAUUAUUUUCCUGGAUCACAGUGUCUUUGUUCUUCUAAAGAUAAAAGUAGAGUGAUACAGAUAAGCAUGUAAGGACAUUUUCCUAAAGGCUAAUUGCUAGUUAAGCACUGAACAUGUCAUUCAUGUAUUUAUUCAUUCAGUCAGCAAACCAUUUGAGCACUUACUUGGUGACAGGUGUACCUGUACAUGAUUUAAGGAGCUAGUAAGUAAAGAAAAUCUUCUCAGACAUAAUUUUGAUUACAGCUUAAAUAAACACAUAGUUAUCACCACUUCAUAUACUGAAUUUUUAAACUUGGAAAUGAGCAGAAAUUUAAGCAUUGAUUAAAGGAUUGAGCUAGAUGACAUCUAACAAGUCUGAGUGAUCACAUCACAAUUCCUAUAACAUGUUUCACAUACUAAAUGACAAACAUAUACACGAUCAGAUUAGAAAAUUAAGCGUACCUAACAAUAAGGACUUUUAACAUUUUGAGACUAUUGUGACAGUCUAUAUUUCAUAGAAUUAUUUGGACACUUGAAUCUGUUGCAGAGUUGUUGCUAAUACAGGAUGUGUGGCAGAACAAUACAAAGAAGCCGGUUCUCAAUUAUCUUACAUUUUUAAUUACAAAAACUUUAUACCCAGUAUUGACAGUGUGGCAACUUUUCAAAACUGAAAAAUCUCAAGAGAGAUCACUGGAGCAGAGUGUUUUUUAUUUAUUUAAAAAAAUUUUUUUUUGAUUUGUUGUUCAAGUAAAACUACAUAAAUUUUAUUGUAUUUUUAAGGUUAUUACAAAUAUCCAGUUUUUAAAGAUUGGUAAGAAUCAGUAGUAGAAAGUACAUGUAUUGCAUAGUAAAAAGGUAUCCUUUAAAAUGAUGAACUGGUGAGCAUAAAACAGUUCUAAUCUUUAACUGACAAAUAUUUGGGGAGAAGACAGUGAAUAGGAGAAUGGACCAUAAAUUGGGUAAAGGUCCCCUACCACUUAGGGGUUCUGUGAUUCGCAUUGUAAUAAUUCCUAUUAACAACUUUACAUUUAACAUUAGUUGAUACUUACAUUCUCUUUCCAUUAAGAUAAAAAAAUGAAAAUUUCUAACAUUAAAAAAUCAUUUGUGCAUCAUAGUUGUAGCUUUUAAAAGCAGGAAAAUGUCUAAAUAAAUCUUAGAUUCAAAUUUAUACCAAACUGAUUGAGAAAAGGAACUAAUAUCCAAGUAGCCAGUCUGGGUUUUAAAAAAUUGUUCCUUGGUAUUGGUUAAAAUUACUUUUUAAAUGUUUUCUCAUUUUUCAAAUAUUUCAUGUUUAAAAUACCUAUUACAUAUAUACUUUUUGUAUGUAUUGUUAAAUAUUGAAAAGGAAACUGAGGAUGUCUGAUUUUGAAGGUAUUUAACUAGAUUUCCCAAUAACCUCAUUCAGAAUCUUGGUCUUUUUGUUUUUGCUAAUAAGUUCCAUAAACUAUCUUCACAGUAAGGAUUAUGCUUGUAGUGAAGGUCAGAUGUUGUAGACAGCAGUGUAAGCAAGGAAAUGGAUACUGACAGCGUGUGAGGCAUUUCAGGCUUCUUUGCUGAAUUAGUAGUAUAUUUUGUGUUUCUUCUUGUUAAACAUUGUUUUAAUUAUUAAUUAAACAAAGGCAAACUGUUGGGAUUUAUUCGUUUUGGAUGUUUCGAGCAAGUGUUAACAUUUUUUAUUCCUCUUUUUGGUUCCUCCCAUUGUUCUAAAAUCGGACUUUCAUAUUAUUAAAAUCUUAAAAAGAUGACCCACCCAGGAUGAAAAAGCACCACCUAGGGGAAGAAAUCUUUUUUUUUUUUUUUUUUUUUUUAUCUUUACAGAAACAAAUGUUAAGAUUAUAUAUAGAUGUAUUCUUUACAUUGGAGUAGAGUCCUCCUUACAGGAAAUGAAAUAGUUUUAGCACUCUUAGAGGAUUAGAGUUCCUAGAUUGGUGUCUGUAGCUACAGUUGUAAAACAUAUAAUCUGAAAAUGAAGUUAAUUUUACAUUAUAAGAGCACACCAUGAUCUAUGUAAAAAGAUUGUCCAGUUGGUGUAUUUUUUUAAAAAAAGAGAAAGCACUUUCAUAUUAAGUAGCAUGCGUUUGAAUUUCAGAUUUUCACAUUUGUUGUGUCUGUAUCAAGUGAAGUAAAAAUGAGCAUUCAAAUAUUUGUUGAUGGCAACAUUAACUAUAAAUUAAAGCACCUUAUAUUCUGCUGCUUAAAUUUGCUUGUAAUUGCACCUUUGUUACCUGCACAUUUUCACAUAGAAUGUUAACAUUGCUUCAUGUGGGUCUGGAUGGAAGAUUAGUUGGCCUACAGGAUCAUUUAUUUAUAUUGUUUAUAUUACAAUAAUAUAUUGUAGACCAGUUGUAAGUUCAUUUCUUUACAAAUAAAAGCCUCUUCUAUUUGG